AUGGCAGAUGUAUUGUCCCUUUUCUCCCUAAGCGGGAAAACCGCCAUCGUCACUGGUGGAACACGAGGUAUUGGCCAAGCUAUGGCCUUUGCCCUAGCUGAGGCCGGUGCCGAUAUUAUCUUGAUUCAGAGAGACACCACCAACACAUCAACCAAGGACGAGAUCAUUAAUCGCCUGGGACGUAAGGCAUGGAUCCAUGUCGCCGAGCUUGGGGAUCGCCAAGCUGUCAAAGGCAUUAUUCCCGCAUUGACUAGUCAAGGACUUAAGCCAGAGAUUCUGGUGAACUGCGCAGGGAUCCAACGGCGACACCCGGCCGAAAAAUUCCCGGAUGAAGACUGGGAUGAGGUGCUGGAAAUCAAUCUAUCCUCCGUCUUCAUCAUGUGCCGAGAAUUUGCCGCCUAUCUGCUGGCUCGAGAUGCCUCGGAAUUCCCAGGGGGUCGUCGUGGCUCCAUCAUUAAUGUGGCAUCUCUGCUCACCUUCCAAGGUGGAAUCACGGUGCCGGCUUAUGCGGCAUCGAAGGGUGGCAUUGGGCAGUUGACCAAGGCCCUCUCGAAUGACUGGCUUGCCAAGGGAAUCAAUGUCAACGCUAUUGCCCCUGGUUAUAUUGCGACCGAUAUGAACACAGCCCUUAUUGCCGAUGCUGACCGUAACGCCGGUAUCAUGGCACGCAUCCCGGCUGGCCGAUGGGGAAAACCCGAAGAUUUCAAGGGUGCGGUGGUGUAUUUGGCUAGUCAAGCUAGCAGCUAUGUAUCUGGUGAGGUUCUUACCGUUGAUGGUGGAUGGAUGGGACGAUAG